CUACAUUCCAGGUGGUUUUGCCGGCCCUCCACUACCUGAGCCAUGCACAUCCGAGUACUUCUACAUUUAAACCAAAACAUUACAUCAGUAUUGGCAUCUCAGCUAAAUGAACUGAUGCUGGAAUAAAUGUUUUACCUCCAAACUGCUACCAUUGUAAUUGCAUUGAUUUUAUCACUUGGUGGGUGCACACCAGCUUUGUUGCAUCACUUAAAUGCCCAAUCUCAUGAAGGACAUUAGCACCAGCCAAUGACCAGAUAAACCCACUUCUGCUCCAGGGGCGGGCUGGGUCACAUGGUACUCACUCACAAGCGCCUGCAGGACUCCAAGGGUAAUCCUGUGCUGAGUGAGGGUGGGUUCAACAUCAACACACAGAAGUUCAGAGCAGCCGUUUCCCCUUCCGACUGCUUAUCAAAACAGGUCUGCCACACAGUGCAGAAAACCGACAGGUUGCCUUUACUGUGUUUGUGAGGAAUGGAACCUCACCCCAAGGCUGGGAAGGAUAAUCCUUCGGCUUCAGCUAAUCUGCUUUCUAAGAUUUUCUUCUGUUGGCUCAGUCCCUUGUUCAGAACUGGGUACAGGAGAAAGCUUGAAGAAGAAGACAUGUUUAAAGUCCUGCCAGAGGAUGCUUCCAGUAGACUUGGGGAGGAGCUUCAGCGGUAUUGGACUCAGGAAGUUCAACAAGCAAAAAAAGAUUUACGACCUCCUAAAUUUAGCAAAGCUUUGAUUCACUGCUACUGGAGGUCAUAUUCACUCAUUGGAGUAUACAUCUUUUUAGAGGAAGUUAUUAAAGUCAUUCAGCCGGUGCUACUUGGGAAACUCAUUGAGUACUUUGAGAGCUGUGAUACCGCCCAUCCGGUUCCAGUCUAUGAUGCUUACAGCUAUGCUGCAGGCAUCUCGCUGUCCACCUUCAGCCUGGCUCUUCUCCAUCAUCUGUAUUUCUACCAAGUUCAGCGAGCAGGCAUGAAGAUCCGUGUGGCUGUCUGCCACAUGAUCUACCGUAAGGCUCUUUGCCUGAAUAGCUCCGCACUGGCCAAAACAACCACAGGACAGAUCGUAAACCUCUUAUCCAACGAUGUCAACAAAUUUGACGAGGUGACUUUAUACCUGCAUUUUUUGUGGGUUGGUCCAGUACAAGCGAUAUUUGUGAUAAUAUUGCUACUGUAUGCAAUUGGUCCAUCAUGCCUUGCAGGAAUGGCUGUCCUCUUCAUUUUGAUGCCAAUACAAACCACAUUUGGACAUUUGUUCUCAAGUCUUAGGGCUAAAACAGCAGUUUUAACAGAUGAACGAAUUCGCACAAUGAAUGAGGUGGUUUCUGGGAUCCGGGUUAUAAAAAUGUAUGGGUGGGAAAAACCUUUUGGUCAAUUGGUGGACGAGGUCAGAAGAAUGGAGAUCUCAAAGAUCAUGCAAAGCUCUUAUCUGCGGGGCUUGAAUAUGGCAUCUUUUUUUGUGGCCAGCAAGAUCGUCAUCUUCUUCACCAUCUGUGUUUACGUGCUGACGGGAAACAAGCUGUCGGCUAGCAGAGUGUUCAUGGCCGUUUCCCUUUACGGUGCAGUCAGGCUCACCAUCACACUCUUCUUUCCCUUCGCUAUAGAGAAGGUCUCUGAGACUCUCAUCAGCAUCCGAAGGAUCCAAACAUUUCUUCUGUUGCAUGAAGUGGCUCCUCAACAUCUGGGGCUUCCUGUGGCAGAAAAGGGCUGUGUGGUAAUAGUUCAGGAUUUAAUAUGCUACUGGGAUAAGAAUCUUGAAGCUCCAACUUUACAGAAUCUGUGUUUCACAGUGAGGCCUGAGCAGCUCCUGGCAGUAAUUGGACCUGUUGGUGCUGGAAAGUCCUCGCUCCUCAGUGCCAUUCUGGGAGAAUUAUGUCAGGAAAGUGGAGUGAUCAAAGUCAAGGGAGAUCUGACCUACACGUCUCAGCAACCGUGGAUUUUACCCGGAACAAUUCGAAGCAACAUUCUUUUUGGCAAAGAGCUUGAUCCCAAGAAGUAUGACCGAGUUUUAAGAGCCUGUGCCCUCAAAAGAGACAUAGAGCUGUUGCCGGGUGGUGACUUAGCGAUGGUUGGAGACCGGGGGACCAAUCUGAGUGGAGGACAGAAGGCCAGGGUCAGCUUAGCAAGAGCAGUGUAUCAGGAUGCAGACAUCUACCUGCUGGAUGAUCCUCUCAGCGCUGUGGACGCUGAAGUGGGCCGGCAUCUCUUUGAAGAGUGCAUUUGUGGACUUCUGAGAAAGAAGCCUCGUAUUCUAGUAACACAUCAGCUACAGUACCUGAAGGUUGCAGAUCAGAUUGUUGUGUUAAAAGAGGGUCAGAUGGUGGCACGAGGGACUUACAGGGAGUUGCAGCUCUCUGGAGUAGACUUCACCUCCUUGCUUAAAUAUGAGCAGGAGGAUGAACGGCAGGACGCUGCCCCCUUCACCUGUUUACCCCGCGUGCUCUCUGACAGGUCCUCCAUGUCCUCCCUUUCCUCCUCUCAGUAUUCUUUGAUCGAGGGAACAGAUGCUCUUUCACUGGUAGUGCAUCCAAAAGAGGAGGAAAGCCGCAUGGAAGGAAAUGUCGGCCUGAGCACGUAUGUGAAAUAUUUCAUGGCUGGGGCUCACUUCUUGAUCCUCUUGGUCCUCAUUUUCCUCAACCUUCUUGCACAUGUUACGUUUGUAUUACAGGAUUAUUGGCUGGCUUUCUGGGCUUCUGAACAGAAACACAUCAGUGAGACAGAACACCUGAAUGGCAGCCUCCCUCGGCAGCUGGACCUUGACCUGUACCUGGGUGUUUACGCAGGUUUAACAGCCACCUCAGUCAUCUUUGGUUUCCUUCGCACCUUGAUCUUCUUUAAUGUCCUCGUCAGCUCUGCCCAGAACCUGCACAACAGCAUGUUCGAUGCCAUCAUUCGGACCUCGGUUCGCUUUUUUGACACCAACCCAAUUGGAAGAAUCCUCAACAGGUUUUCUAAGGACAUCGGUUACCUGGACUCCCUGCUUCCAUGGACGUUUGUGGACUUCACCCAGGUAUUCCUCCAAGUCAUUGGAGUGAUUGCGGUUGCUGCCAUUAUCAUCCCCUGGAUUCUCAUUCCCAUUGUUCCUCUUCUUGGCGUCUUCCUGUUUCUACGUCACUACUUCCUGCAGACAUCCAGGGAUAUAAAGCGCCUUGAGUCUACUACUCGUAGUCCUGUUUUCUCCCAUCUCUCCUCGUCGUUACAAGGCUUGAGCACCAUCCGUGCUUUCAGGGUCCAAGAGAAGUUUCUGCAAAUGUUUGAUGAGUAUCAAGAUCUCCAUUCAGAAGCCUGGUUCUUAUUCCUGACUACUUCUCGCUGGUUUGCGGUGCGCCUGGACGGCAUAUGUUCAGUGUUUGUCACCAUUACAGCUUUUGGCUGUCUCUACCUCAAAGAGGAUCUAGAACCAGGUGCAGUGGGUCUGGCUCUGUCUUAUGCUGUUACGCUCACAGGAAUGUUCCAGUGGGGCGUCAGACAGAGUGCAGAGAUAGAGAACAUGAUGACAUCAGUGGAAAGAGUGGUUGAGUAUGCAGAGCUGGAGAGUGAAGCACCAUGGGAUACGGACUUCCAGCCUCCUGAUGAGUGGCCACAGACCGGCACCAUCACCUUUGACAGAGUCAACUUCUCCUACGGCGCCAGUGAACCUCUGGUUCUGAAAGACCUGAGUGUUACCUUUGCAUCCAGAGAAAAGGUUGGCAUUGUUGGGCGCACCGGCGCUGGUAAAAGCUCCCUGGUAUCGGCUUUGUUCCGGCUCGUGGAACCUGAAGGAAAAAUCAACAUCGAUGGCUUUCUGACUUCGGAGAUUGGUCUACAUCGUCUUCGGCAGAAAAUGUCAAUCAUCCCACAGGACCCGGUUCUCUUCACGGGCACCAUGAGGAAGAAUCUGGACCCUUUCAGGCAGCACACAGAUGAGGACCUGUGGAAUGCACUCCAAGAGGUGCAGAUGAAGGCCGUGGUGGAAGACCUACCCAAUAAGCUGGAAGCGGUUCUGACAGAGUCUGGCUCGAACUUUAGCGUGGGCCAGAGGCAGCUGGUGUGUCUGGCCAGGGCCAUCCUCCGGAAAAACCGCAUCCUUAUUCUGGACGAGGCCACAGCCAAUGUGGACCCGAGAACUGACAGCCUCAUCCAGCAGACGAUCCGGGACAAGUUUCAAGACUGCACAGUCCUCACCAUUGCUCACAGGCUCAACACUAUCAUUGACUGUGACAAAAUACUGGUUCUGGAUGCCGGUCGGAUGCAGGAGUAUGACGAACCCUACGUGCUGCUCCAGAACCACGAUGGGCUCUUCUACCAGAUGGUUCAGCAGACAGGCAGAGCUGAGGCAGCAUCCCUGCUCCAAACAGCCAAACAGGUGUACAUGAACAAAAAGCAGCUGACUGAGGCGUGCUCCGCCAAGGACAUCCGUGUCAUCUUUGAGACUUCGCUUUGAUGGUUUGGAGAGCUGAUGUGAUCCUGUAGCCACCACAGACCGAACGCUUUACCACAAAGACAAACAGAAACUGAUUUAUGCAGAAAAUCUCUUAACACUCAAAUGGCAAAAAUCAAAUUUACCUAAUUAACAAAUUAUGGUUUAGUUAGAAAUGUGGUAAGUACUGGUGUUUGUUGAGAAAAAACUGCUGUUGCUUACCUUACUGAAUAUUUAAUGAAGAACAGUCGAAAAUGUUUAACAAUUUUACUUAAAAAAAAACAAAUAUAAAUCAAUUCUCACUUUUAAAAGUUACAGUGCUAAGCAUUGUCACAUGUCUGAAAAUAGUAAUAGGUGAUUAAGCCACAAACCUGUACAGAUUUCCAAAUGUCUGAAGUCUUUUGUAUGGAAAACUGACAAAAAAAUGACUCCAUAAAAAUGAUUUUCAGUUCCAGUGAAUUGAAAAGAUGAAAAAACAACCCACCUAAGUGAAAUUCGGCAGCAUGGUAAUAAUGUCAUUUCAUUCAGUUGUUUAGUUUUUUUAAUUUGUUGGACAGACCUUGGAAAACAUGUAUGCAUAAACAGGGGGGCACUUAAAAGGGCUUUAAAAAAAAGAAAAAAAAAUACAAGAAAAAGAUACUAAUCAAAAGAAAAUAGAAGUGUUACAGCUGCGUUCACACCAAGCACGAUUCCUGUGUCAGGGGAAUCCUAUUUCAAUGUAAAGUCAAUAGCUGCGUGUACAUGUGCAAAAAGUCUUUAAUCGGAUCAUAUUAGAAUUGAAACUGUGUACAUGGGGCCCGAAAAGCUUUAUCCGGUUGUCUUUAUUAUAUCGCGAGUGGCAACACAAAUUCACGAUUGUUGACAUGGUUUCAGAGGAGUGAUCAGAGUGAGGAGCGGCAUUUCCGUAUUCACCAACUUAUAUACCGUCCCAAAGUUGCUUGGAGACAGAGACAUCAGAUACUCAGCUUUGGUCUGUGAGGCGUUGAUGGUGUGAGUCCAAAACCAACAUGGAAGAGAGGCUGAUUAUUCUCCUGAGCUUUGAUAUUUUUCCUAUUUGUAUGGAGACGUUAACAAAAAGAUCCUCUAAUUUUAUUCUUAUUGUCAUAUUUUUUUUUUUUUUUUUUUUAAUCGGACCAAUGUUGGACAGUAAAAUCAUCUACCUGAGUGACAAACAGAAGAAGUGUUGAAAGCGGCUUGUAGUAGAUGGUAAACCUCACCAUGCUGGGACAGUCUCUGAAUGAUCUCAUGAACCCAGACAUGGGAAUGUGUUUACCAACACUAAAGUUCACUUUAAAGUUGUUUGAAUUCACCUAGUAACGUUGUAAAUUUGUCAGUCGAUCAACAAAUCCUGCUUAAAUUUUUAGGUAAAAACUACAAUAAUAUAAAUUACAUAAAAAUAAGAACCUUCUCCCAGCCUAACAUUAGUGAAAUUGUAAUCCAAGAACUUUAUAUCAAAGGUUUUUUUCUAACAAGACUGUAAAUAAGGUUUAUUUAUGCUGAAAAGUUGGGCCAUUAAUCAACAUAUUUGCUUUGUCCUACCUGUGUAAUGAGCAGUGGUAACCUGAUACAGUUACUUUGUUUUUUAAAUAAGGUUAAAUCCAGGAAGUUAAAGGGCAACGCCCUUAGUUCAGAGAAGGUGUCAGGUCACAAUCUACUAUCAAAAGUAAACACAGAAAGUUGCAGUGAGUUGAAGAUGUAAACUUUAUCCUACAAUCACAAAUACAACUUCCACUGCGUGAUGGAUGGGGAGGCAUCAGCAUAAUCUUCAAGAUUUCAUGCCUCCACCUGAUUUUUGGAAAGUUGUUGAUGUGGUCACUAAUGAAUGUAGAUGGCGGCAGCCAGGUUUUGGGGAUGACGCCAUAAUGAAAUUUGGUUACAGCUGGGCAGCCACAGGACGGGUCGCUCUGAUUGGACAAUGUGUAAGUGUCUUUGGACGGCGCCAGUCCAUAUCAAGUACUACCUGCCGCUAGCCACCCCAGUAGCCUGGGAUACAUAAAAAGAGGGCCAUCCUUCACAUUCAGUCUUAUCAGUUUACAAAUUUAGACAUGUUUAAGCAACAUGCCUCCCAAGAAAGCACAAUGUUCUGUCUUCUUCGCAUUCUUCUCAGCAUUAACCACAUUUGGUCAAUACGCAGGUCUAGGAGUUGCUGUGGAGCUAUCAAUGCCAUCCAUGAUGAGUUUUAUGUAGUAUCAAUGUCAUCUCCCCAUUUGGCCCCACGGUGGCUGGGAUCACCAGACACACAUCUGGCCAUCCCCGUGUCAACAGCCCAUGUCAGUAGCCCUCGUUGAGUGCCCACGCUGCUACCGUACGAUUUCUAACAAUCAGAAGGUGGCAGUAGGAUGGCAGCCCGGGGCAGUAGGAUGGCAGGAGGGUGGCAGUCGAUUAUCAAACGAGUUUGGGGACCGUGGAGACCCUUCUAUCAGUUAAUUAUUGUGCCGCUGCCUUCCUGCCACCCUACAGUCCUGUCACCGGACUGCGACCUCCAAAUGUAACCAGGCGGCUACCGAUGUCAAAAAGCAAACUAAAUUUGCAAAAAAACUUGCUUUUAGGUGGCAUUUUGGAUAUGUGACCUCAGUCUUAGACAAUUAGAUGGUUUAUAUUCAGGGACAAAUUAAGCAUCUGCACCAAGCAAAGAGUUUAUCCCAAAACUGUCCAGUUAUCAUUUAUUAAAGAAAAAAAAUAAGCUGUCUUGGUGCAUCUUUUCACACAAUUCAUAGGGAAUGUUGUUUUCAAAAAUGAGCGCUAUGGUUCUCAGCAUUCAAGCUGUCAUAAAAGCCAAAGGAGGUGCAAGAAAUAGUGGAACAGCUUUCCAGUAAUUACACAAAUUAUAUCAAAUUUCUUAGAGGUAUGUUCAACAAAGCCAAUCUAUUGAGCCUCUAAAUAAAUGAGUUUUGUAUCACAAAUACAAUUUUCACCCCUGCAAACUCUAAAUAAAGCAGCCAAAUGAAUCUCCAGCGGGGAUUUAAUAUUUUUUUUGCUGGGUUAAUGUGUUGCUUCUAGUGCAAUAAAUUAUUGGGUGCUUAAAUGAUCCCUUUUAGGGCAAACUGUAUUUUAUUAGACUUUUGUCUAUUCAACUUUUUAGGACAAAGACGGCUUGGAAGGAGACACAAGUGUUUGUUGUAAUUGCUGUGCCUUAAUCAAAAUAUUGAUCCUCACUAAUUGUGCUGUGUCAUUGCUUUUUCACUUUAGUGGUUCUAAUUUUAGAGCAUUUGGACAAUGAAACACACACACAGAAAAACAAGGCAGACCUUUAAAGCAUCAGAAAAUGUAAAUUAGUCUGAGUAACAUGAGUCAUAUAAUUGAGUCUCAUUGAAGGCUUGCAUUGUUGUGCCCAUUUGUAGUAACAAAAAUGGAUUAAAAUCGAAUUGUAAAAGAUUAAAUUUCUAUAUAAUGAGAA